AUGUUACUUCCCCAAGAACAAUCUAUAUCCAAAGAUAGGAAUACUGAAUCAAAGCAACCAUUCCCUUCCCCAACCAACAAUACAUUAUCAAUAACCAACAAUACAUUUGAUAUAGAGUUUUCACAAAUCGAGAAUCAUCAAUUAAAGCGAAAACGAUCACAGAACGAGGCCAUUACCUCUUCUAUCAUUCCUUUCGAAAAACGACUACAGUUAUCGACUCCACAACCUCACAUAGAGAAUACAAUUUGCGAGAAUAUAGCGAUUGGUAUUAACAAGAAGAAGAUUGACUCGCUUGAAUAUUGGAUAAAGAAUUUUUGUUGGCCAAAAGAAUACUUUGAACCAGAGAAUAAUAUGAAUCAUCUAUUUGCAAGGAAGAAAUCUUCUUCGACUCUUCGUGACAAGCAAUCCGAAGCUAGCUCUUCAAUAUCUAGCUUUAUUACACCUAGCGAUCAAAAGCCGAGGGAAGUCAAAAGUGCUCCGUAUCAAAGCCCGCAAUAUAAAAUCCUACUCGAGACCAAGGGUAGCUUUAUGCAUAAAUCGGAUUUGGGUAUCGCGGAUACAAGCAAGACCAUUUGCCGGACUCUCCUUGAAGCUGAGCAAAUAGUUCCAGAGGAUUCAUUGUUUCAGGAUGAUCUCUUUGAAGAGACGUGCGAAAUGAUACAAGACAGGAACGAGGCCAAGGUUAUUCAAGAUAUUGCUCGACUGAUUGUUCCUUCUGCUCAGUCUCUAGCUAUACGUGGUGCCAAGCAUUUAAACCCCUUGAUCGAAAGUAUCAACGAAGGCUGGAACAAUUCCAUCGCUCUAACCAAGCCUCGUCCGCAACCCGACUAUGCUGUUGGAUUCAAGCGAACUGCAUUCACCGAAGAUCAGCUUAGAAAAAUCCAGCCGUUUAUUGGUGGUUAUAUGGAAUUGUCUUUCUUUAUGAGUACAUACUAUAUGUACUUCCCAUUUUUUACAUGCGAGGUCAAGUGUGGUAUUGCGGCUCUCGAUAUUGCUGAUCGACAAAAUGCUCAUAGUAUGACACUUGCAGUAAGAGGGAUAGUUGAACUCUUUAGACUUGUAAAACGAGAAAAAGAGCUUCAUCGAGAAAUACUUGCAUUUUCAAUAUCACACGAUCAUCGAAUCGUAAGGAUCUAUGGUUAUUAUCCUGUAAUUGAUGAAAAGAAAACCACCUUCUUUCGCCAUUCGAUUCGUGAAUUUUGUUUUACAGAAUUGGAUGGUAAAGAGAAAUGGGUAGCAUACAAGUUCACCAAGAAUAUCUACGAUAUCUGGAUGCCGAUUCAUUUGAAGAGAAUUUGUUCUAUUAUCGAUGAUUUACCCUCUGAUUUAAAUUUUGAGGUCUCACAGCAAUCCGAAUUAGGGGAAUCGGGACUUUCACAAGGGUUUGAGCAAACAAGCUACGAUGUUAUGUCUUUGAAUGAAACUGAUAGUCAAUCAAAUCGUAUCGGAUCGGAGCAUAUUACUCCUGAUGUCUUGCUGUCUCAGGAAAUUGAGGAGGGAGUAUUCAAAAAGCCAAAGAAAAGAGGUCGACAAUAA